GUCACUGAUCAAAUCAAGGGUAUGAUCCCGUGAAUAUGUGACUAUGUGACUAAGCCACCCAAGUUUACAUCACUUUCACACUCAUAUGACUUCAUGUCAACACUGCUUCAAAAGCGAAAUUGAAAUCUAGAUCUGUGUUAGAUCUCAGAGUAUGGCGAACCCACAAGUUGAUGAGGAUUCUUGGACAACUUUUGAAAAACUCUUGCUUAUACAAUCUGUUUAUAAGCAUGGAGAUAAUUACCUUGCCAUUUCACGUACAUUGAAACAUCAUCCAAUGGUUUCUCAUACCCCAGAUUUUUUUACUGUAAAGAACUGUGCCAAUAAAUAUAACAGUUUAGUAGAUCCAUUAAAGAAUGAAGCAGAAAUUGAAGAUGAGCAUAAAAAGAGAUCUGGAGAAUAUGUAAAUGUCUCGAAAUUAUUAACAGACAAGCAACGUAUGCCAUGGACCGCGAAAUUAGCUCGUCAGCUUUAUCAUGAACGUAUUGUUGAAUUGAAAUCAGAUAUUAAGUUAACCGAAAAAAAAUUUCGGUAAAAGAGCAGCUAAAUUCUUUAAAUUGGCAUUUUAUAAGUUAAUGCAGAUCGAAUAUUAAAAUUAUUCGUUCGUUAUCUAUUUAUAAAAGGGA